AUGUCGGAUAGAAUCUAUUCGGGUGUGGAAUUACCGGAGAACCACGUCAGGGGGAUCUCUUUGGUUCUGUCUGCCAGCACGCACGAAGUAUUUUUCUUUGAUAAGGACGGCCGCUCCAUCCCUGUCGCACUGAACUGCCGGUGCCACCCGAAUGCCUCUACCACCAAUGAUAAUGAUGCUAGCAGCAACGGCAGUGGCGAAGGCAACACUCUGCCCUACGGCAAUACUGCGGGUGAUGAGCACCAGCAACAGGGCACGACGGGCAGUGCAGAGACGCCAAUGGAGACAACAGUAGCGACGGAGACGGCGGUUCAAAUGGAUGAUGAUGAUAGCGACGAGGCCGGGUGUCCCUGCUGCAGCGCGGGGGUGUGCGCGCUGCAUGACUACGGGCCGGCGCAGGAGUACUACAAGGCACACUACUCCCUACCACUGAAGAUGGGGGCUAUCCCCGUCCGCGUAAACGCGUGA